AUGUACCUGAUCAGCGGAUGGCUCAAGGUGUGUGUGACUGUAACAGUGCUGACUGCACAGCAGGUUGUAACGCAGGGAGCUACUGGGAUCCCAAUGCUACUGCCUGCAUACAGUGCUCUGCUGGAUACUAUUGUCCAGGUGGAAAUAGUGGAAGGGUCCCCUGUGGAGGAGGAACGUUCAACGGUGACCCUGGAGAAAGUAGCUCAACAGCAUGUCAGCCAUGCUCAGCGGGCACUUACAGUGUUGGUGCGGCCGAGUUCUGCUCCGAGUGUCCGUCCGGUCACGCUUGCUUCAUCGACGGCACCAGCUCACCGGUACAAUGCGGGGUCGGUCAGUAUGCCCUCAAUGGUAGCUCAGUGUGUAACCAAUGUCCGCGCGGCCAUUUCUGCCCCAACAUCUACAGCGAGCCCGUCCAGUGCGACUUUGGGCAGUAUUCCAACGGGGAGGGGCAGACGUCCUGUACGGAGUGCGAGGCGGGUCAUAAAUGCCCUGACCGAAACUCAUCAGUACCUUGUCCGGCUGGUACCAAAAGUCAACUCGGAGAUGGAGUGUGUACGAGCUGUGCUCUUGGGUAUCGCAGUGCUGAAGGUGAAAGUGUCUGCACAAUCUGUGAUGCUGGUUACGCGUGUCCAGACCCCGCCAGCUCCGAGAAACAACGAGAUCAGUAACGCCCUCCACACGGCGUGUGACCCUUGCCCCGCAGGGAAGAGUUGCAGCGAUCCGACCUUGAUGCCUAGUGAUUGCUCUGCGGGGGAUUACGCCAUGGUUGGGGACGGGGUUUGUCAGUCGUGUCCGGCUGGGAGCCGCUGCCCGACGACGUCAAGUGUUGAAGCGUGUCCAGCAGAUACGUAUUCUGUUGGGGGCGCUACAUCCUGUACAACAUGCGCUGCGGGUUAUAGCUGUACAAACACAUCAACCGCUGCCUGCCCUAGCGGGUGGUACAGCCCAGAAGCCAGUUCCAUUUGCUACGAGUGUGCGGCAGGGUUCUACUGCCCCGUUGGAUCUGCCGAAGCGAUUGCAUGUGAAGACGGUUACUACAGUAGCUCCGUUGCUCAGCUGACCUGCCUAGAGUGUCCUGCUGGCUCGAUGUGUUCCACUAAGUCAGCCGUUGAAAGUUGCAGUGCAGGGUUCUACUCUCUGGCGAGGUCAACAGCAUGUACAGCAUGUCCUGCAGGCCAUUCUUGUAUCAAUAAUCAAAUGAUUGAGCCCGUACCUUGCGACGUGGGUUGGUAUAACGACGAACCAGCCACCGAGGUUUGCCGGAAGUGCCCUGUUGGAAAAUACUGCUCAGAUCCAACACAGGGUCCUGUAGACUGUGCUGACGGUUCAUACAGUUACGCUGGCGACACUGGGUGCAUUGACUGUCCACCAGGCUAUGCCUGUACAAACCAUACCUAUGAAGGAAGAGUUGCUUGCGCAGCAGGCACCUAUGCUACUGGCAAGGCAACUUCCUGUAUGGAAUGUGCUGCAGGCUCCUUUUGCCCAACUACUAUUGACGGCACACAGAUACCCUGUGCGCCCGGUACCUACUCCGCGGCCGGAGCCACCUCAUGCCAAGUCUGCCAAGCCGGUCAAGAAUGCCCGGCCCUAGAUGGGCUAGACAUCCGUAACUGCACCCUAGGGGAGUACAGUACCUCCCGGAGUACAGCCUGCACGGCAUGCCCGGCCGGUUACGCUUGCCCGCUUACCGACAGUGACUAUAAAGAACCGUGCCCUGGUGGGUUCUACUCCAUUGGGAUGCAGAGCACCUGUACGGGCUGCCCAGCUGGGUUUUUCUGUCCGAAUCCCUUCUCCGAUCAGAUGUUGGAAUGUCCGACGGCCUACUACUCCCUGGGUAACUCCUCAAUCUGCACCCAGUGUCCAGCUGGCUACGAGUGUACGGACAAGAUGACCGCACCCAGUGAUAUGUGCGCAGCGGGCACCUACUCGCUAGGAGCGCAGAUAUCAUGCACAAACUGCAACCCUGGUUACUACUGCCCUUCGAUCUACUCUGGACCAAUCAAAUGCUACAAGGGCUACUACAGCAGCCUCAAUGCGCCUAACUGUACCAUAUGCGAAGCAGGUUACCAGUGCUCUGACCAAACAGUGCCCGAAGUUUGUCCGCCCGGUACCUGGUCUGAAGCCGGUUGGACCGGUUGCAAAGCUUGCGAGUCAGGCUACACCUGUGACGAGGGUUCCUCGUCAGCCAACCCCCCGGCCGAUAUCUGCGAGCCAGGUGGAUGGUGUGAUGGCAAGACACGUUACGAAUGCCCUCCCGGCACUUAUAAUCCAAACAAUGGAUCGACGUCACAGGCUACUGGCUGUAUUCCUUGCCCAGCAGGAUUCUACUGUCCUGGCCCAGGAGACAGUGACUACAUUACAAAUCUCUGCCCAACUGGUCACUAUUGCCCAAUUGGUACAACCUAUGAGACUGCCUUCCCAUGCCCCGGUGGUACGUACAACGAUCUGACCAAUCAGUCCUCGGAGUUCCUUGCGUGUAAACAGUGUCCCGCCGGCUUCUACUGCCCUCAAGGGAGUUCAAAUUACGAUAACUCGUGUCCGCGAGGAUUCUACUGUUUGGAAGGUCAAGCUUCUGGAGUCGACAAUGCUUGUCCGCUCGGAUAUUUCGGUGAUGAGUUAGGAUUCGAGAACACCACCCAAUGUACAAUCUGCCCCCACGGCUACUUCUGUCCCCACGGUAGUGCGACAAACCCCACUACGUCCGCGACCCCAUGUGACCCGGGUACGUAUAAUCCAGACGAGGGCGCCGGUCAUCAAUAUAACUGCAGGCUGUGCGACCAGGGAAGGUCCUGUCCCCUACCGGGAUUGCAUAAUAGUUCACACCCAUGUGCAGAAGGAUAUUAUUGUCCGAACGGGACCAUUACCAACGACCAGUACCCAUGCCCUCCUGGGACCCACACUGGAUCAACAGCUCUCACCUCGUCUGAAGAAUGCUCUCCGUGCCCUGCUGGGAAAUACUGCAGCUGGGCAACAGGAGAUACUGUUAACGGUCCCCAGCCCUGCAAGCCUGGUUACUAUUGCCCUCUGCAGACGCCAAGCCCUGAUCGGUACCCGUGUCCUGAGGGUACCUUCUCCUCAAGUUCCAACCUCACCAAGCCAGCUGAGUGUACAGAUUGUACGGCAACAUACUACUGCCUUGGUGGAGAACCUACAGAGACAGGACCGUGUCCACCCGGUUACUACUGCCCAACUGGUACCCAGUAUGCUGAGCAGUUUGCCUGCCCCAACGGAACCUACAAUAUGGAUUAUAGUCAGGAUGAAGUCAGUGACUGUAUGAAUUGUACACAAGGUCAUUUCUGCGAGUAUGGAGUCAACGAACCUGAGGCGUGUCCACCAGGUACGUACAUGCCUCAAGGUGUCGACGGCUUGGGGAACCUCAUCGGUGAGACAGCAAAGUACCAGAGUGAUUGCCUCGAUUGCCCCGGCGGGUCGUGGUGCGGGUCGGCGACCUUCGACCCGAGCGACUGCGGCACGGGGAUGUAUUCCAAACCGGGCCAGAGCGUCUGCGUGACGUGCGAGGCGGGGUACUACUGCGACAACGUGACGACAUCCCGCUGGGAUAUGCUGAACAAUAAGAAGUGUCCCGCUGGGCUAUACUGCACCACGGGGCUGAACGCUGUGUCUGAGGCUGAGAAUUGUACCAUGUCUCAUUACUGCCCAGAAGCUACGCCGUUCGAAGUAAACUGUCCAGUCGGUACCUACAACCCUACGACGGGUCUGGGAGACGUGAACCAGUGUACGGCAUGCGACGCAGGCUACUACUGUCUAGAGGAAACCAACACUCCAGCUGGCCAGUGCUCCGAGGGUUACUACUGUCCAACUAACAUCACCAACCCCUACAGUAACAACCCGGCCACCAUCGGGUCGUACGGGCCCCAACAGGUACCAUGCCCAGGAGGGACCUACAUUGACACCAAAGGAGGGCGCUACUUGGAGGAUUGCAUCCCCUGUCCGGCUAGCUUCUACUGCCCUCUGGGUACCGGCACUCCCAUAGAUUGCCCUCGUGGGUUCUAUUGUCCGAUGAAUUCGUCCGUGGCAUUCGCAUGUCCGAUCGGGAGAUAUGGAAAUUCCUCCGGUCUCCCAUCACUAGAGAGCUGCCCUCUCUGUGAUCCAGGCUGGUAUUGUGACGCCCCUGGUCUAACCACCCCGAGAGCUCCGUGCGAUCCUGGUUUCGUCUGCUACGAGGGCGCUACAUCAUCAGAUCCGACCGAUGGGACGUUGGGAGAAGUUUGCCCUGCGGGAGGUUACUGUCCUCUUGGAUCCUACACCAGUCUGCCGUGCCCACCAGGGACGUACAGUAACACAUCGGGUGCCAUCAAUCACUACGACUGCUUCGAUUGUGAUCCUGGAUUCUACUGCAGUAACGCAAGAACGCCAAGUCCAUCUGGUCCAUGCAACCCAGGCUACUACUGCACCGGAGGGGCUCGAACCCCGAACCAAACCGUCACUCAGCCGGGCCACUACUCGGAGUCAGGCGCCACCCAGGAGACCCCCUGCCAACUGGGAACCUACAUGCCCCACGACAGGGCGGGGGAGUGUUACAUAUGCGAACCUGGAUUCUACUGCCCCUUCGAGGGCAUGACUAAUAUGACUGUGUGCGAAGCUGGUCAAUACUGUGGAGAAGGCGCUUUCACAUUUGAACUUUGCCCUCCGGGUACCUACUCGGGCGUCAGUCAUCAGACGCACAUUGAUAACUGUACGGAUUGCGAGCAAGGGUACUACUGCAGUGAGAGAGGUGGUGUGACGCAGACAGACAUGUGUGAUGCGGGUCAUAUUUGCUUCAAGAACGCCCUGUUUGCAACACCUGUCUACAAUAACGACUCGUCCGGAGGUCAAGUCAUCAUAACCUGGGGUGACCAGUGUGCGCAAGGUCAUUUCUGCGUCCAGGGGGCGACCUUUAUGGAAGCGUGCCCCAAAGGAACCUACCUUGAUUUUGUGGGAGCUAAAUCCGAAGCCGACUGCAAACCUUGCGGAGAAGGGCGAUACUGCGACUCGACAGGAGCCGUAGCGGAGACAGCUGACUGCGAUCCAGGCUUUGUAUGUCUCGGUGGAGCCAUGCAGAAGGAUCCAACGGACAACGUCACCGGUCACGUCUGCUCCAAGCGACGCUACUGCCCGGGGGGUACGGCAAACGAGUUCCAAUGCGCACAGGGGUACUACUCGGAUGUUGAAGGCCUAUCUGAAUGCAAGAUGUGCGAGCCUGGGUUCUACUGUGUGCCGGACGCUGAUCCUGUACCCUGUCCCCAAGGGCAAUAUUGCAUCGGUGGUACCGAGUCAAAUAGAGAUCCCAUAGAUUGUCCGACGGGAACGUUUGGAAACCGGACUCAACUAACCCUGGAAGAUGAGUGUACUAUAUGUCCAGGAGGUAAAUACUGCGAGCAGCCAGGGUUGACCACCUACAGUGGUCUGAUUGUAGCAGGAUUCUGGUCUAUUACUGGGGCAACCCAAAAAGGCCCCUUUGAUGACGUCACCAAUCCUGACUUUGGAAUAUGUCCCGAAGGAUACUUCUGUCCUCAAGGAUCGGACCAUCCAAGUCCAUGCCCUCCGGGGACCUACAGUGACUCAACCCACCUACCGUCCGAGGGCUCUUGUUCGGUGUGCCUCCCUGGAAAGUACUGCCCCGUGUACCACGCUACGUCAUGGGAAGGUGAUUGCGACGCUGGUUGGUAUUGUACAAACGGCUCCACCUUACAGAGACCUCUAGUAGCUGCGGAGGGAGGUGAAUGCCCUGCAGGAUUUUAUUGUCCGGCCGGUUCACCAGCUCCAGUCAAGUGCCAAGCGGGGACCUACAACAACGAGAGUGGUCAGUCUGUUUGUCUAGAUUGUCCAGCGGGUUCUUAUUGUAUCGAACAGACCACUGACCCAGCAGAGUGUCCAGAGGGCUACUACUGCCCCAUCAGUACCCAGACGGCGUACGCUAACGCCUGCCCCGAGGGAAAGUUUAAUAACCUGACUGGGAGGUCGUCGCUACAAGAUUGUAUAGAGUGUCUCCCGACCUACUACUGUGGUACUCCCGGUCUAAGCUGGCCCACCGGUCUCUGCGAUGCCGGAUGGUACUGUCGUAACAGUUCCCGCUUCGCCCAGCCGACCCAAGCCUACCAAGGAGGGCGCUGUGAGGUCGGGCAGUACUGCCCGCGAGGAAGCUCCCUUCCGCUGUCAUGUCUGCCCGGAAUGUUCUGCGGGAGUCCGCAGUUGGCUUAUCCCAAUGGAAGUUGCUCUGCUGGGCAUUAUUGCGUGGGCGGGGCUUCGGUCGCUGAUCCAGAGGGAAGCGUAACGGGUGAUAUUUGCCCGACGGGGCAUUACUGUCUGGAAGGAAGUCCUUCCCCUACAUCCUGUCCAAUCGGGACUUUCGGUAACACCACAGGAAGUGAAGCUGAGUCUGAUUGUUAUAACUGCACCCAGGGGAUGUACUGUGAGGGUCUCGCAAACACCCAACCAGACGGACCAUGUAUGUCAGGUUACUACUGCCCACCAGGACAGAUUGUCAAGGAUCCUUAUGACUAUCGCUGUCCUCAAGGUCACUUUUGCCCAGAGGGUAGCCACGAGCCAAUACGAUGUAGCUCUGGCUAUUACCAGGAUGAAACGGCCAAAGGAUCCUGCAAGGGAUGUCCGAGCGGCUACUACUGUGAUAGUACUCUCAGCCCGGUCCUCUUGUACAACGACUCACUUUGUCUAGAAGGUUAUUACUGCCCUCCCUUGACGCGCUACGCCACCGAGUUCAAAUGCCCCCGAGGGACGUUUGGUAAUCGUACCGGUAUGAAUGCCAGCGAUGACUGCAACCCUUGUCCUGGUGGAUAUUACUGCGACGAAGAGGCCCAGAUAUCUUACACUAAACUCUGCUCAGCCGGGUACUACUGCCGCACCGGUGCCUUCACAUCCACUCCUAACCUGACAUUAGAUGCUAAUAUCUGCCCUGCUGGCUAUUACUGUGUGGAGGGAACCGAUGAACCGGUACCCUGCCCACCUGGAACCUUCUCAGAUAACACCAAGCUGAUGGCUCUGGAAGAAUGCAGUAAUUGUACGAAAGGUCUGUACUGUCCGGACCAAGCAAUGACCGCUCCGGCUGGAGAAUGCUUGGCCGGCUACUACUGUCCGGAGGGCUCAAACCGUCUGGAUCAGAUUGAGUGCCCAGUUGGCAAAUACUGCAUCAAUGGCACGUUUGAUCCAACAAACUGCCCAAGAGGAACUUACAACAAUGAUACGAUGAAGGCAGCGGAGAUUGAAUGUUACGACUGCUCCGGAGGUCAUUACUGCGAGACGGAAGGACUGACUGAACCAACGGGAGAGUGUGGUGUUGGAUAUUUCUGUCCACCAGGCACCAUCGAGCAAGAGCCAGUAGACAAUGAGUGCUACGUCGGUUACUACUGUCCAGGAGGGGUGGCAUACCCCAUCCCGUGCCCCAACUACACCGAGGCGAAUCAGACCAAGUCCUCUAGCUGUAAUCUCUGCCCUCAGGGCUACUACUGCCCUGAGCCUGGAGUGAGACACUACUGCCCUCAAGGGUACUACUGCCCGGCUGGUACAGGUGUUGACUGGGAAGCCUGCCCUCGUGGGACCUACAGCGACCAGGAGGGUUUGUACUCUCGCGACCAGUGCAAGCCGUGCAAAGCGGGCUACUACUGUGGCGGUGAACAUCUCAGCGUGGAAACCAACCAGUGCGCCGCAGGGUACUACUGCGUCUUCGGUGUGGAUCGGCCGGAGCCCGACGGGGAUAACUCAACGUCGUGCUCGUACUUUGAUGGGCGACAGACCGGGUAUGGAGGGAAGUGCCCCAUUGGGCAUUUCUGCGAAGUGGGCACGAUCUAUCCAGAACCCUGCUUAGCUGGAACGUAUGCCCCAGAUGAAGGCAUGGAUGCAUGCUUAGCAUGUGAACCAGGUUACUACUGUCCGCAAGGGUCAUCCGCGUACUCUGACAAGCCGUGUCUGUCCGGUCACUACUGCCCGGAGUCUACAGAGUCAGACACUCAGUUCCCCUGUCCAAUCGGUACCUUCAACAAUCUGACCAAGAGCAUCAACGAUAGUGACUGCGUCAACUGCACAGGUGGAUCAUACUGCGCCAGCAACGGCCUCCCGAACCCUACCGACAUCUGCCAAGGCGGUUUCUACUGCAGUGGGGGUGCCUCCGAGGCUGCCCCCUCUGGAGACGGAGGUGCCAUGUGCAUGGCUGGCUACUACUGCCCAGCGGGAGCGUCCUACGCCAUUCCCUGUCCAGGGGGAGAGUACUGCGCCGGGGAGGGAUUGAACCAGACAUCAGGGAUUUGUGAUGCUGGGUUUUAUUGUACUAUAAAGGCUGUGGUGCCUAACCCAGAGGAUGGGGUGACAGGUAACUUCUGCCCCAAGGGCGCCUACUGCCCUCCCCAGAGUGCUUCGGAGCAGCUUUGCAACCCGGGCUUUUACCUCAAUAGCACCCACAACAAUGACAGCUCAGCAUGCUUGCUGUGUGAUGCUGGCCAUUACUGUUCCGGGGAGGGUAACCCUGAACCGACCAAUGUGUGUGAUGCUGGGUUUUAUUGCCCCCCGGGACAGGAAGAGCCGACGCCUGAUGCUUACAAUUGCACACAAGGUCACUUCUGUCCGGAGGCUUCCACGGAGCCGCUUCGCUGCGAGUCCGGAACCUACCAAGAUGAGAUCGGUCAGUCAGGAUGCAAAGAUUGUCCAGAGGGUUACUACUGUGAUAACACCAUUGAACCUGUGGUACUAUACCAAAACUCGUACUGCCCAACAGGUUUCUACUGCCCUCCCAAGACGAAGUUCGCAACAGAGUUUGCAUGCCCCAAUGGUACCUUUGGUAACUUGACUCACCGAAAUGACGUUGGGGAUUGCGAACCUUGCAGAGCGGGACAGUACUGCGAGACGGAAGGGUUAUCUGAACCUACUGGAGAUUGCUACGCAGGUUAUUUCUGCACCAGUGGAUCCAACACCCCAACACCGACCAUCGGAAGUAACGCCGAUGAGUGCCCGGCUGGGUUCUACUGCGGGAAUGGGACGGCCACCCCGGAGGCGUGUCCACCCGGUACAUAUAACCCCUUCAUUAGGAGGGUGUCGAUGGAUGACUGCUUUAGCUGCGACGGUAAACACUACUGCCCCGACUACAACAUGACUGCUGUAGGAGCGCUCUGUAACCCAGGAUACUACUGUGCAUCAGGGGCUGAUAACGCAGAGUACCAGGAAUGCCCAGAGGGUCAUUACUGUGAGCAGGGAACCGACGUACCACAGCCAUGCCCACCAGGGAUGUGGUCCGACGUCAAAACAUUAACGUCUGAGAGUGAAUGCUACAAUUGCACUGCCGGGUUCUUCUGUCCACUGAGCGGCAUGACCACAGUCAUCGAGGAGUGCUGGGGCGGGUUCUACUGCCCCGGUGCUGACACUGCCCCCAAUCCCGUCAACUAUCGGUGCCCCGCGGGCGUACACUGCCCCAACGGUAGCGGAAUCUACAUGGAGUGUGCAGCGGGGACGUUUACGGACUACAUCGGGGCGUCAGAGUGCGGUGUCUGCCCCGAGGGAUCCUACUGCCUGCCUGUUGCCCCUGAGAAUGCGUCCUUGGCGUAUCAGCCCUGCCCUGCUGGGUACUAUUGCCCUUAUGGAACUGGGGCGGAUUGGCAGCCAUGCCCGGCCGGUACCUACAGCCCAGUGGAAGGCCUGACCAACGUAACGGAAUGCCUAGCUUGUGAUGGGGGCCAUUACUGCACUGGGCCUCACGAGACAUCUACAUCUGGCAAAUGCUCUCCAGGUUAUUACUGUACAUCUGGUGUGGACCGCCCAGACCCGGGAGCAAGCAGUGAUGCCAUCAAUUGUUCCUGCCCAGAGCAAACUGUCUUCACUGGCGAGGGCGGUAUAUGCCCAGUGGCCCACUACUGCCCGGUCAAUAGCAGCCUGCCGACAGCCUGCGCUCCGGGCUUUUAUAACAACCUGACUGGUCAGUCUGAAUGCUUCACCUGUGUGGAGGGAUACUAUUGCCUGGCACAGACUACACAUUAUAUUGACUUUGACUGCCCUCUAGGUCACUUCUGCCCAAGUGGAACCAUGGACCCAAUUGAGAAUCCCUGCCCACCUGGGACGUAUAACCCGGAUCUGAAUGCAAAGGACAUGGAUGCGUGUCUGUCGUGUCCAAUGGGAAAAUACUGUGAUGGAUCAGGGAACGCCAACUACACGGAGGAAUGCGAUGAGGGUUGGUACUGCUCGGGAGGUGCCUCGAACCAAACGUCGACGUCACAUGGUGGACGUUGCGAACCCGGAUACUACUGCCCAAGAGGGUCUGGAGCCCCCGAACCUUGCCCCGGUGGGCAGUACUGCCAAACACCAGGUCUUGCCCUCCCGACUAACGAUUGCGACGCCGGCUACUAUUGCAUUGGUGCCUCAACGACUGGUACCCCGGAAGAUGGUGUGGAAGGCGACGAAUGCCCGCCAGGAUUCUACUGCGAGGUCGGGUCAAUGUGGCCGGAGCCUUGUCCCCCGGGUACCUUCAGCCCUUAUGCUAAGAACGUCAAUGUUUCGGACUGCUUGGCAUGUCUGGAUGGUGAUUACUGUGGGGAGUACAAUCUGACAGAGACAAACGGCAAUUGCACCCAGGGUUACUACUGUCCUCGUGGCCAGUUCGACCCCCAGGCCUUUCCCUGUCUGAUCGGUCACUAUUGUCCGAGCGGAAUUCAUGACCCCAUCUUGUGUCCGAGCGGCACAUACCAAGACGAACCGGCGAGAUGGGACUGUAAAGAGUGCCCCGCUACGUACUACUGUGACAAUACCUAUGGUGUAGUCGUGGUCAAUGAUACAGUGACGUGUCCAAGAGGUUUCUAUUGCGAGGCAGGUACCAAGCUAGCCGAGCAGAACGGUUGCCCGCGAGGAACAUUCGGCAACGACACUGGGUUUGAUAACGUUACAGACUGCAUCCCAUGCUCAGGUGGGUAUUACUGUGAGGAGGCAGGCAAGACCCAACCCACAGCUCCCUGCGAUGCUGGAUUCUUCUGCAAGCAAUACGCUGAGACGGCAAUACCAAACCAAGGAGCUGACCAGGCGGACGUCUGCCCACAAGGUUCUUAUUGUACUGAGGGUACGGCUGAACCUUACCCUUGUCCACCGGGUACCUACGGUGCGUCAGAGGGUCUUCACAAUGAGUCUAGUUGUACUCCAUGUCUGGCCGGAUUCUACUGCGAGAGUCAAGGGCUUCUUGAUGUUGAAGGACCUUGCCAGGAGGGUUACUACUGCCCAAUCGGGUCUAGUUCCCGGACUCAGGUGAUCUGCACUGUGGGCAACUACUGUCCUACAACAUCCGACGUUCCCACAGCAUGCCCUGAAGGUACCUUCAACCCCUACGAGGGGCGCAUGAACGAGAGUCAAUGCACGCCGUGUACAGAGGGAAGUUACUGUGAAACCCAGGGUCUUGACCAGCCAACUGGUGCCUGUGAACCACGCUACUACUGCCCACCUGGUCAACGUUCACCCCGACCGUAUGACUACAAUUGCACCAUCGGUCACUACUGUCCACUCAACUCGUCCGAGCCUCUUCCGUGUGCAAAUGGGACGUAUAUGAACCAAACACAUGCCGAGGAAUGCUUCAUCUGCCCAGAAGGAUGGUAUUGUGUUUUGGGCAACCUCGUUGACGUUUGCCCCAUGGGAUACUGGUGCCCUCUGGGUACCGGGUUCGACUGGCAACCGUGCCCUCAUGGAACGUUUGGUAAUGAGACAGGGCUGUCUUUGAUGGACCAGUGUGAGCAGUGUCUGGGUGGAUUCUACUGUGAUCAGCUUGGUGCGACAAGUGUUACUGCUAGCUGUGAUCCUGGGUAUUACUGCACCUACGGUGCUGACCGUGCCCAGCCUGACGACCUCUCCCCAUCCCUCGUUAACGGCACCUGUGAGUUGCCAGGAGGGUACACAGGGGUCGGAGGGGUGUGUCCAGCCGGUCACUUCUGCCCCAUGGAGACGUCAAUGCCGAUUUCAUGUGAAGCUGGAAGCUUUGCCAAUGUGACUGGUCUGUCUGUGUGCUGGGAUUGCCCGGAGGGCUAUUAUUGCACUGAAGAAUCAGUAUCCUACGACGACAAGCCAUGUCCACUUGGCCACUACUGCCCUCUACGUACCGAGUCUAUGUUACAGUACCCGUGCCCAACCGGGACAUUCUUCAACACGACCCACGCCACGUCUCAGAGCGACUGCCUCGGCUGCCCUGGUGGAUGGUUCUGUGAUAAGGAGGGGCUGGACACGCCCACGGAUCAAUGCUCGCCAGGAUGGUACUGUACGGCUAACGCUUCUACCAGUAUGGACUCAACCCACGGAGGGGAAUGCCAGCGUGGUACCUACUGCCCAAUGGGAUCUCAUAAACCGUUAUCCUGUGAUCCAGGAAGGUACUGCCUCACACCGGGCCUGCCUGAACCCACUGGCAACUGCUCAGCAGGUUUUUACUGCACCCUGGGCGCAAACGUUUCCUCCCCUGUGGACGGCACGACCGGCGAUGUAUGCCCCAAGGGCAACUACUGCCCCGAAGGCUCCAGAGAACCUUACCCCUGUCAGAAUGGAACCUUCCUGAACAGUACACAGAAUGAUGCAGUCGGGGACUGCCAACCGUGCACAGAAGGGAUGUUCUGCCCGGGCAAUGGGAUGGACCUUCCGGAGGGGCCGUGUGACGUAGGAUAUUACUGCCCGAUUGGUCAGAUUGUUUCUGCACCACCGGAGUACAGAUGUCCAGUCGGCUACUACUGCGAGGUAGGCUCAGCGACCCCAACACGCUGUCGCAACGGCACCUACAACAAUGAGACAGGUCAAGGGUCAUGCCUGGAGUGUCCGGCCGGCUACUUCUGCGACAGCACGGAGGAGCCGGUGGUGCAGUACAACGAGACUAACGUCUGCCCAACGGGAUACUACUGCCCUCCGGGAACACGCUACGCAACUGAGUACCCAUGCCCGAUUGGGACAUUCAAUAACGUAACCGGUCGUCAGGUGGAGAGUCAAUGCAUUGGAUGUCUAGGAGGAUUCUACUGUCCAGAGACUGGUAUGUCGUAUCCCGUAGACCAGUGUGCGGCUGGGUACUACUGCCGAGAGUAUGCAAGAACGUCGACCCCUGAGCAAGGUGAAGAAGCUGACAUGUGUCCUCACGGUCAUUACUGUGAAGUGGGGACAGACAACCCCACUCCCUGUCCGAAGGGAACCUUCAGCGAUGAGUUCAUGUUGGAGAUGGAGGCUCAGUGUGAACUGUGUCCUGCCGGAGAAUACUGCGCUGAGGUUGGGAAGAACGUCACAAGCGGACUGUGUGAACAGGGCUACUAUUGUGAGCUUGGCUCGUCCGAUCCACGAAACAUCACAUGCCCUGCUGGGAGCUACUGCAUGACGGGCGUAGGUGUUCCAGAGCCCUGCCCCCUUGGCACCUAUAGUGAUAUGGAGAACCGUUGGAACGUAUCCCAGUGUGUUCCAUGUGAUGAGGGAUGGUUCUGCAACCAAACAGGUUUGACUGCCCCAGUCGCCGAAUGCGAUCCAGGUUUCUACUGCCCAGAGGGACAGAGUGUUCCCAACCCUACGGAGUACCCCUGUCCAAUCGGCCUUCAUUGCCCCCAGGGUAGCUCCCUUCCUGUACCCUGUGAACCGGGAACUUUCUCCAACCUCACCCAGGUGUCCGUGUGCAUGACAUGCCCAGAGGGUUACUACUGUGUACCCUCGGAAGUUAUCGAAGGUAACUCCACGUCUGGGUACAGCCUCUGCCCUCAGGGCUACUACUGCCUGGCCGGCACUGGUCUAAACUGGACCGCAUGCCCUCCAGGGACGUACGGAGGUCGCAAAGGACUGCCAGACGAAGGAGAGUGUACCAGCUGUCCAGGAGGGAGUUAUUGCGAUGGUGUCACCCUCAUUCAACCCACCAAUCUUUGCAGUCCGGGCCACUUCUGUACCUCAAGGGUAGAUAGAGCCAACCCAACAGCUUUUAUCAACGACUCCUGCUCCUAUGAUGGUGAGCACACUGGCUAUGGUGAUAUCUGCCCCACUGGUCAUUUUUGUCUGGAAGGAUCCACUUAUCCGGAGGGGUGCAAUGCUGGGACUUACCAAGACGAGGAGGGGCAAGAUUCUUGUAAAGAAUGUCCAGCUGGAUACUACUGCCUCGUGAACUCAACAACUUACCUCGACACAUUAUGUCCAGAGGGUCACUACUGCCCUAAUGGCACAGCCUACGACAUAGAAUUCCAGUGCCCACCUGGAACCUUCAAUAAUCUGACAGGUGGCCAUAAUGAAUCUGCUUGCGUCCCCUGUACCGCUGGGUCCUACUGCGCAGGGUACGGUAACACCAACCCAACAGAUCAAUGUGAUCCUGGAUGGUACUGCUACAGUGGAUCGUACGAGGCACAACCAUCAGAUGCUUCACUUGGAGGCAGAUGUGAAGCAGGUAACUACUGCCCUCGAGGCUCAUCAUCACAGCAAACAUGUGAUCUCGGUAAAUUCUGCGACGUUCCCGAGUUGUACGAACCAGCCGGAGACUGUUAUGCGGGCUUCUAUUGUACCCAUGGGUCUAUCACGGCCACUCCAUCUGGAGUUGCAGGGAACGAGUGCAGCGCCGGACAUUUCUGCAUCGUCGGAAGCAGCGCCGAGGAUGAUUGCCCCCCAGGGACAUAUCUUCCGUCCAAGAGGGCCAAGAACGAGUCCUACUGCUUGGAGUGUAUCGGUGGUCAGUACUGCGGGGCGAGCGCACUGGCUUACCCACAGGGCAACUGUACUCAAGGUUUCUACUGCCCUGGCGGUCAAAUCGUUGCGAGCCCCAUCGAGUACCCUUGCCCACCGGGCUAUUACUGUGAGGAAGGGGUAGACGAUAAGGUGCCCUGCCCUGCCGGUACCUACCAGGACGAACCGGAACAGUGGACGUGCAAGACCUGCCCUGAGGGAUUCUACUGUGAUGACACCAAUGGGCCGAUUGUGAACUACACUUCUUAUAUAUGCCCAGAAGGUCACUACUGUCCGAACGGAACCACAGCCGCCACUGAGUUCACCUGUCCAAUCGGUACCUUCAACAACGCCACCGGCCUGGCCAGCUCUGACCAAUGCGCUCCGUGCCUGGGCGGCUACUACUGCGGCCAACCGGGCCUGACCUACCCUUACACCCUCUGUGCCGCCGGCUACUUCUGCCACAUCAGGGCGGAGCGGGCCACACCUGAUCAAGGGUCGGACGCAGGAGUGUGUACGGCGGGUCAUUACUGUCCGGAGGGGACAACGGAACCGAUGGUUUGUCCAAGAGGAACGUUCAGUAAUGAAGAGACUCUGAUGAACGUGACGGAAUGUGAACCUUGUCUCGCAGGCCAGUAUUGCGAUGAGGAUGCCCUCCUGGCGCCCGCCGGUUUCUGCCUACCAGGUUACUACUGCGAGCAAGGCUCAGACAACCGACAACAAUAUGUCUGCCCGGCUGGUAGGUACUGCGGUAACGGGACGUCGGUACCAGAGCGCUGCCCUGCGGGUACGUACUCUAACGACACCAUGCUGACGGCCGCUGAAGAGUGCAGAAAUUGCACUGCCGGAUGGUACUGCCAACAGACUGGUCUGACCGAGGAGGAAGGACUGUGUUUGGAGGGAUAUUAUUGCCCCGAAGGCUCUAGUGUCAGCAAUCCAGUAGAGUGUCCGACAGGUCUUCAUUGUCCUGAGGGGUCACCUGAUCCUAAGGCCUGUUCCUCAGGCUACUACACUGACCGAACAACACAGUAUACCUGCAAGUUGUGUCCAAGAGGCUAUUACUGUCUCCCUGAGAAUGAGACAAUUGGUAACCCGGAUCUCCAGGCCGGUGUUGCAGACUGCCCGGCUGGCUAUUUCUGCACCAAUGGAACCGGUUUAGACUGGAGCGCAUGCCCCGCUGGUACCUACAGCAACCAGACUAAUUUUUACAAGGUCCAGCAAUGUAUAGACUGCCCCGGUGGCUUCUACUGCCCUGACCAAGCCGCAACCUCCUACUCGCACCUCUGUGACGAAGGUUACUGGUGUGACUCUGGGGUCGAUCGAGCAAACCCAAACAACCCGUCAGAGAACGAGACCUACUCUGCCUCCUGCCCGAUCCUUGGGGGUCAUACGGGCGUCGGCGGGGUGUGUCCUACGGGUUAUAGGUGCCCGGUGGGGACCAAGCUUCCCAUCGGGUGUGAGGCCGGAGAGUAUCAGGAUCAGGAAGGACAGGGAACGUGCAAGGGGUGCCCUGAAGGUUUCUUCUGUCUGUCCAACUCGACCACCUACGUCGAUAACGUUUGUCCAGUGGGUCACUACUGCCCUAACGGUACCACAAUGUCCAAUGAAUAUCCUUGUAUACCGGGAACGUUUAAUGAUAAACUACAGCAGACCAAUGAGAGUGCUUGCGUGUCGUGCUUAGCCGGGACGUACUGCAUGGGAAGUGGUAACGACAUGCCAACAACAAACUGCAGUGAUGGCUGGUACUGUAUCGGAGGUGCGUCUAGCCCAACACCGACUGACCCGUCCAUCGGCGGCCGAUGUGGUCUUGGAGAGUACUGUCCAGGCGGUACUGACCAUCCAAUCUUAUGUGACCCUGGGUACUACUGUGAAAGGAUCGGACUGGCAGUACCUAGCUUACCUUGCUCACAGGGAUUCUACUGCACCCUUGGCGCUUCCAUCAGCAACCCCACAGACAACAUCACAGGCAACAUCUGCCCCCAGGGUCACUACUGCCCCGUGGGGUCCUUUGAGCCCCAACCCUGCCCCAUUGGCUACUACCUAGACGCCGUGGAGCAGAGCGAAAACACCAGCUGUAAGAUCUGCACCAAGGGGGAAUAUUGCGGCAGCGAAGGGCUCCCUCUACCCAAUGCAGAUUGCAUGGAGGGUUACUACUGCCCCGAGGGUCAGAUAUCAGCCACGCCCGGGCCGUACACGUGCCCUGUCGGGCACUUCUGCGGGGUUGGGUACGGGGAUCCCGAACCCUGCCCAUCCGGAACAUUCCAAGACACACCGGGGAGGUGGGAUUGUAAAGAGUGUCCCGAGGGGCAUUAUUGUAAUGCUACUAUCGGACCGGUCGUGUGGUAUGGAUCAUACGUCUGCCCGUCUGGGUAUUAUUGCCCGAAUGGUACCACUUAUGCAGAGGAGUUUGCAUGUCCCUAUGGAAAGUUUAACAAUUUGACAGGUAUCAUUAGUGAGGAUGAAUGCACACCAUGUCUACCUGGGAUGGCUUGCGAUGAGCCAGGGUUAAUGUUUCCCAUCAGGCCAUGUGAGGCAGGGUACUUCUGUAAAGGAGGUGCCAAUGCCACUACUCCAAAUGAUGGUCUAAUGAAUAAUGAAUGUCCAGCUGGUUACUAUUGCAUGGAGGGAACAACUGAACCUGACGCUUGCCCAGAGGGAUCCUUCAGUCCAGCCACUAAGCUGAAAGCCGUUGGGGAAUGUCUCAACUGUACAGCCGGCUUCUUCUGUAAUGAGACUGCACAAACUGAGGUCAGUGGGCCAUGUCUACCACGUUUCUACUGCGACGAGCAUUCCACACGCCCUGACCAGACUAUUUGUCCUGAGGGGUACUUCUGCGAAGGGCAAACAUUCAAUCCCACUCCUUGCCCCAAUGGUACGUUCUCCAACGCCACCGGGCUGGCUAAUGAGAUAGAGUGUCUGAGUUGUACUGCUGGGUUCUACUGUGAAGGAAUGGCCAAUACAGAGGUCACAGCCCCAUGUCAUGCUGGGUUCUACUGUCCCCCGGGCUCAGACGUACCCAAUCAGAUCACAUGCCCAGAGGGUAAACACUGCCCUCUACAGAGUCCAGAACCCCAGGAUUGUCUUGCUGGUACUUACGUUGACUACGAGGGUGCUUCGGAGUGCUCUGUCUGUCCCGAAGGUUUUUACUGUAUCCCAGAGUUGGUUAUAGAAGGUGUAGGGGCAACCAGUUAUCACCGAUGCCCUGCAGGCUUCUACUGCCCUAACGGCACAGGUCACGAUCACCAACCGUGUCCGGCCGGUACCUACGGUCCAACGGACGGUCUGGCCGCGGCGACGGAGUGCACGCCAUGUGACGCCGGGAUGUACUGCCAGGGGGUGAACCUGACGAGCCCGACGGCAGAAUGCGACGCAGGGUUCUACUGCGUGUCCGGAGUUGAUAAGAUAGAUCCGUUGAUGCUCGCUGGGGACCAGUGCCCGACAGGGACCGUGCAUCCAAUCAUCGGUGAUGUAUGCCCGAAGGGACAUUAUUGUGUACAGGGAUCGGACUACCCUACUGGUUGCGAGGCAGGUUAUUACCAAGACCAAGUCCAGCAGUCCUCCUGCCACCCCUGCCCAAUCAGCCACUACUGUUACCUCAACACGACCGACUACACCCCCAACGAGUGCCCACCGGGCUACUACUGCCCACUGAAAACCCCGGACCCUUACACCUACCCUUGCCCACCGGGUACCUUCAAUAACAAGACCCUUCAGGGGAGUAUCUCUGGGUGUAUUGAGUGUACCCCUGGCUGGUACUGCGAGGGGGAAGGGAACAGUAACCCAACGGCCGAGUGUAGCCCAGGAUUCUACUGCUCUGGGAACACCAGUGAGGCAAUGCCAUCAGAGUACGGCGGGGUAUGCCUACCAGGUGAGUUCUGCGUUGGCGGUAAUGCUGCGCCCGAACCAUGCACCGCGGGAAAACACUGUAAUGCCACCGGACUCUCCGCACCAUCAGGGAACUGCAGCCCGGGAUGGUACUGCCCGGCAGGCUCGUCCACUCCAGAGGAAAUCGAGUGCCCGGUCGGUCGCUACUGUCCCGAGGAAAACUGGCUGCCGAUACCGUGCUCCAACGGGACGUACAACCCGGCAUUGGGUCAGGAUGGCCCUGAGGAUUGCUUGCCAUGCGAGGGCGGUUUCUAUUGUAAUGAGACUGGGGCCUCUGCGACCAGUGGUGAAUGUGCUGAAGGUUACUACUGUCCUCCAGGGCAGAGCACCCCCACCCCAGGGGAGUACCCAUGUCCUGCCGGCCAUUACUGUAUGGAGAACUUUGCGGCUCCAGAACGAUGCGAGGAUGGGUAUUAUCAGGACGAGGAAGGGAAAGCGUCUUGUCUCCCGUGUGAAGAAGGCUAUUUUUGCGAUAACACUGUCGCUCCCGUCGUCCACCUCAACGGUUCGGACUGCCCGGCUGGCUACUACUGCCUACCAAUGACCAAGCGAGCCAACGAGUACCCCUGCCCGCCAGGAACGUUCAAUAAUCUGACUAACGCUUUUAACGAAAGCUGGUGCCAGCCGUGUCUGGCCAGGUACUACUGUCUCUCUGCUGGACUGAAUGAACCGGAAGCGCUGUGCUAUGGAGGGUACUACUGUGAAGGUGGAGAUGCGAUCCCCAACCCCAACAUCUGUCCGGCUGGGAGCUACUGUCCCGAGGGGAGCUACCAACCGACGCCCUGCCCGGCAGGGACGAUCUCAUCUGGUCAGGGGAACAUCAACGAGACAUCAUGUGCACCAUGUGAUAUUGGACGCUACUGCAAUGCCAACAGCUCCCAAAAUGGAGUGACACCCCCAUGCGAAGCCGGUUACAUCUGCACGGGAGGCUCUGACACGCCCACCCCCGCUGAUGGGGUGAAGGGUUACGAGUGCCCAGUUGGGCAUUACUGUGAGGAGGGUGCACCCAGUGAAAUUCCGUGCAACAAGGGAACGUACGCCCCAUUCCCACGUAUGGGAGAGUGCGAUCCCUGCCCUGAAAGUAAAACUUGUCCUGAGUUUGGGAUGAACACCACGCUUCCGUGUCCGGCCGGAUUUUAUUGCCAAGAGGGAACGGACGACGACGGUGAACCUUGUCCUCCAGGUACCUUCAGUAAUCAAUUGUCCCUUAUUGAGGAAGACGAAUGUCAACCAUGCCUGAUUGGAAUGUACUGUGAGACACACGGACUGUCAUGGCCGACCGGCGAAUGCGACGCUGGUUUCUUGUGCCUGGAAAGAGCGGCCACGGCCAGCCCAGACGACACAGUGAAUGAACCGUGCCAAGUGGGACAUUACUGUGAAAAUGGUACCCACUCGGCCACCCCUUGUCCCCCGGGCACAAUGAACCCAAACCGGGGCGGGGUAUCAGUGGACGACUGCGUUCCCUGCGAGGCGGGUCACUACUGCGAGGGUACAGGACUCUGGCAACCCAGCGGGGUGUGUUCUGAGCGCUACUACUGCCCCAGUGAUGCCGUUAUCGACUCACCCGAGCCUGUCGGUUAUGAAUGCCCAGCCGGAUUCUUCUGCCUGAACCAGACGGCGACGCCUACUGCUUGUGAUCCAGGUACAUACCAGCCAUUCGAAGCAGAGGUAGAUUGCAACAUCUGUCCUGAAAGAUUCUUCUGCAUGGUGAACUCCAGCACCCCUGAGCCUUGCAGCGCUUACUCCUACUGCCCUCAAGGUUCCAUCGAGCCUACGCCGUGUCCUAACGGCACUUACACAAUGGAUGAUGUGGUUGAGCUGAUCAACCCGUCACAGUGCCAGGAAUGCCCCACAGGGAGUUAUUGUGUUGGUGGUAGAGUAGCUGGACCAUGCACAGCGGGUUUCAUUUGCUACUCCGGAUCGAACACCCCUACUCCUGAUGGUACGGACAUCGUGAUGGGAGAACCAUGCCCCAUUGGUUACUACUGUCUUGAAGGUGCAACGAAUGUUUCUGUGUGUAGCCCAGGACAGGUGAUUACAGAACCGGGAGCUAAGAGCUCAGCAGAGUGUACCCAGUGCCCAGCUGGCUACAUCUGCACCGUGGACAGCACCAGAGCAGAACCCUGCACCCCAGGUUAUUUCUGUGAGUUCAACCAAGACCCUAAACCUUGUCCCAAUACGACGUUCUCCGACGAAUCAAAAGCAACAAACUUGAGCACCUGUCAACCCUGUCCGGCUGGGUAUUGGUGUAACAUCCCAGCUAUGACAGACUUCUCCAUUAGUCCAUGCCCUCUUGGGUACUACUGCCCUGAGGCUACCCUGGAACCGCUUUCCUGUCCCCCCGGAACAUACAGGGACACUGAGGCUGCUGAGAAUCAAGAUGACUGCCUGCUUUGUCCGUCUGGCUACUACUGUCCGAACGAUACGGCCAAUACCUACGGCAUAGAGUGUCUGGAUGGUCAGUUCUGUCCGGCAGGAUCUUGGGACCAAAGAGAUUGCCAGCCAGGUUAUUACUGCAACCGUUCCAUGACCCAGGAGGCCUGCCCGUCCGGUUUCUACUGUCCAGUCAACUCUAGUUACCCCGUACCGUGUCCGGCUGGUCACUACUGCGGGGAAAGCUGCGAGACAGAACCAUGUCCAGGAGCGAUAAUGCCAAUCAAAUGCCCGCUUGGUUACCGAGAGAAAGACGGUUCCCGCCGCUCGACGUUCGUAAACACCUGCCAGAUCUGCGCAGCAGGUACCUAUGGGAACGAUCCUGACCGAGCCAACUGUACCAUCUGCGUGGCUGGGGUAGUGUGCUUGCAGGGAGCGACUACGGACAACCCGCAAGGCAACGAUACGCAGAAUGGAGUCAACGUUACCAACUCUUAUCCAUGCCCUGUCGGUUAUUAUUGUCCAGAAGGUUCCUACGUUCCAUUGGCGUGUAACGUCGGGACGUACAAUGAAUACGAAUACGGUAUGUCAGACGCCGACUGUCUUAACUGUCCUGUGGACCACUUCAAUCAUCUAGAAGGACAAGACGCCUGUUUUCAUUGCGGUGCCGAGGCGUAUCAAACAGAAAUGGGACAGCCGCAGUGCCAGUGUGCAGGCGCUGGGAAACAGUUCCAGGCCAGUGACCGUAAAUGUCUCUGCAGGCAAGGCUACAUCACCCUGGUGGGUCGAGAACAAGACUGCGUGGAGGAAGUUUACGAGAUUUGCACUGAAGGAACGUCACGUACUCAGGGCGGAGCGUGUCUGGACAGUACUGGGUGGGAAGACUAUUGUAGGGAAGGGGUGAGUGCAAAGGACUACCUUGGAUACGAUCAGACGUUGUCCUUGUGUAAGUGUAAGGUCGAUGACCUUCAGGAGAUAUGUGACCUUGAGUGUCGUCUGGCUCAGAGGAACAGAAUGACCCUAGUGUGUGACGAUCCACCGUAUGUCUGCAUUGAGUAUACGACCGGAGAACAGACAAAGAUUCCGGUGAGCAGUUUGACUAAAGUGAUCAACGCUCGCAACGCCAUCUCGGCCGACCAGUGCGACGCCCUCGAUGGCACCACGCAAGUCAUUCAUGUCACAGAAAUGAGCAGCAACGGUUUCCUGGGUGUGUACGACCCAUCACCCUCACAACUGGAAACUGUCAUCAUGGACAACGCUAAGGGUUUAACCAAUGCCACCUCAGUCAAUGGUUCAGUGACUUACAGUGUGUCUCGUAGACGACUCCUGUCUGUUGAUAACUCAACCGUGCGAGGUAGGGGGCGCCGUUUGCUGUCCUCGUCCGGAGUGGAUGGGUCAUCGUUUUCGGGGAUUUCAGAUCCUGCCGUAUGCUUGAAGUAUGGUGAGACAAUGAUGUUCUACGUGGACAAUGACAAUUACCCAGUCUAUAAUCGGGAGAAUCUUUACAACACGAAUGAGCAGUUUGAUUAUGGUGGUUUCCGUGAGUUGGAGGAGAUGCAGACUCAGAUUGGAACCUCAACGACGCUCUUCACUUAUCGCUUUAUCGACCCUGGUGUCUAUGUCUUCUGUCUCAGCAGCAAUUCUGAGCGUAAGAUGUACGUUCGAGUAAUGGCAAAGAAUGCCCAGUGUUCAGAAGACGGUCCCUACUUUCCGGCUACGCCUCGUUACAUCGUCCAGAACGGUAUCGCUGUGGGUAAUUCAAUCCUACUAGCUGCUGACUGGCUCACCAUUGGACUGGUACUCGGCUUGAUUCUCAUCUUCACCAUCCUACUGGUCCUCGUUUUGAUUCUAUUCCGUAAAUACGGCUGGGGUAAAGUGUCUUACAUCCGACCGAAGUACAGAGGCCUGAUUCAGAAUCAUAACUUUGACGAUUAUGCCUCCAAGGGCUCAGCAGUUCAUCCCGUCAAGAAAUACAACCGCGCCAUCGAGGGCAGAGGGGAAGGCGUUGGGGGCGCUGUUGUCAUUGACGAAGCAGUAGAGGUCAAAGGUGAUGAAUAUUGGGACUACGAUAAGCAGGUGGACUUCGAAGCGUUCAGUACGGCUGACUUCUAUGGUCAUCUGUCUCAGCAAUCACGUCAUGUGACCAGCGAGCUUGGACGACAAAAGGAAGAGGCGAAGGCGCUGUACCGCAAACUGUGCAACCAGGCGGAGAACCUCAAAGGAUUAUGGGUAGCCAAGAUGAACCUGAAGGGUAGAAGUGCCCUGGCUACUGAUGAGGACCUAGAAGCAUAUGAACGCAAGAGCGAGGAGCUUGAGAUGGAAUUGGAACGGCGGAAGGAACUCGGUUAUCGCUUUGAGACCAUCUUGAAGAGACAGCUUGAGAUCAAAGAGCAGGACGAGAAGAGUCGAGAGGACCACCAGGUGUCGUACCUGUCAGCUUUACGAGAAGCUGUGAGGAUGCUGAACGAGUACACAGAGGCCAAGACCAGCGGCAAGAAGAAGAGCCUGGAGCAAGAAUUCGACAACACUACACAGAAACAUGUUAUCCGACGUGUUGGUGCCCUCUUGGGACGGAUGUCCAGUGAAGUGUCAGCCGAGGCCCAACGUAUCGGUGCCUGGGGCAUACUUGGGCAGGGAAUCGGUGCUCAGUUAGUCGCCACAGGUUCGGACAACACUCCUGUAGACAGGGAGGAGCUGUUCGGUCCUGACGGCAGUGUCCUACGUACAGAUCUCAUUCACCAGAACACGACUACUGGCCUUAUGGUGCCAAACAGUGACGCCCGCAUGCUGUCGGCCGACGGCCACGUUAGGAAUAUCCCACCGGAUUACUUCGUCCAUCCAGUCACAGGUCGUGUUCUCCCCGUCCAGGGGAAUGUCAGUUACGACCCGACUUCUUCAAGACUUAUUCACACUGUUGAUUCAUCUGUUGGUGAUUUGGUCCGAUCGGACGAGCCACUUAUCCCAUACAUCCCAUUCCCAACCGACCCCAACAACGGCCUCCCAGUCAACUCAAAACUGACCACCAUCGAGCGAACCGGUGAUCUCAAACUAAACGCCCCGAUGUCCGACCCAGACACAGGUCUGAAAUGCCCCAUCGUGGCCAUGACAAUACACCCACAAUCGGGCGUAGCGUACCCAGUAGCAGGUACCCAUACUGACCCGGUGACUGGACUCCCCGUACCGAUAGAGAUUGGUGCCGUUAUGAUCGAUCCGAGCAGUGAACAACCGGUGCCGGUCCUGAGCGUUGCUAUUGAUCCAGAAACUGGUGAUGUCAUCCCAGUGGGUGGCACUCUCCAAACGCCCAACGGUACCCACAAUGCCUACAUUACCAUGGUAACCGGCGACCGCUUCAUCGAGCCCCUCAGCAACCUACAGGUGCUGACCCAAAGCGCAGCUCUCCAUGACAACGAGGCACUGCCCUCUAGUGGCGGGUACCAGACAUUGCUGGACGCAAACCUGAUGACGUGCCAGGUUAAGAUUCUUGAGGUGGUCAAGGCGUAUCUUGACGCGGCAGUCGGUCCGGAGGGCCUAAACUGUCGUCAUGAGCAGAGCCAGCUGGAUACUGUCACGAAGGAGCUGAUCAAGUCCAGACAACGUUGCCGUGUAAACCACAUCCGAGCCAUCCAUAACGUCCAACGACGUCUUGAGCGAGCAUCCAUCUUGGCUGUUAGCGGAGGAUCUCCAGGCAUGUAUGAGCAUACAGCGACAGGCCAGAUCCUACCCAUCCUUGUAGGAACCCACAUGGCUGAUCCUGGAGGCAGCGGGCAAGACGUCACCAUCUUAGGAGUAGAGAGGAACUCCAAGACGGGAGCGUUGAUUCCCCUCGGAGGAACCAUGGAGGACCCUGAAGGAGAUGGUCUGAUUCCGAUCAUGGUUGGUUGUCAAGCUGUCGAUGAGGUCACAGGUGACCUCAGCCCCAUCACUGGGGUCAGGAUCAACCCAGAAACAGAGACUGUUGUCCCGGUAACCGUAUCCGCAGACAAGAAGAAGAAGCCACCCCUUGGUGCUGUGGCCAUGUUGGAAGAUGAAAUUGUUGCUAGGCGUGGCUACUGGCGUCGUCAACGACAACGGGAGGAAGGGCUCACAACCCAAGAGUCUAAACUGGUCAACCAGCUACUGUUGGACAUUGAGAAUGUAGACGUACAGAAGGUGGAAGAGGAUCUGGACUCCUUCAGCGACAUGGCCAAGUCUCUUGAGGACACCAACAGACGAGAGGUGACCAGAAGAGUUGAGGCUACAGAAGAACUGAACAAUGUCCUGACACUACAUACUAUGUCUAUACUAACACAAGGAGAUGACGCUGAGAAGCUGUAUGAAGAGCGCCACCACGCCUCCCACCGCAAAUUUGUGGAUACGGUGCGCAAGAUCUACACCCGUCUACAGGCAGAGGAGACUAAGUACAAGGAGAGACUUGCAGAGCUAGAGGAUGCCCUGAAUCCGGACGCUGAGUCUGCAGUGAUGCAACGCUAUCGUCAAGCCAAGUCGCGUCUUCAGGCCGAGCUUAAAGAUCAGCUCCUGACUCGCACAGAGAAUCUAGAUGAGGACCACUCUGCGUUGGAGUACGCCCGAGAGAGGAGUGAACUGCUCAGCUUGGAGGCUAAGGCCGUCUUAUCCAACGCGAUCAUCUUAGCCGGUGACUACGACGCAACAAUGACCGGAGUCUACGGUGACAGUAACUUGGCUGAGCAGUCCAGUCGGGAGAUUAUCCCCCUCUUGAGGCAGAUUAUUGCCAUGCUGGAGAAGGGAGCUCACUUUACGCUGUCAGCCGAGCUGCUACAAGGGAUCGCUGGGGGUGAUCAGAAGUUCGCCAACGCCAAUGCCAUGGGAGCCGGUUCCGUUAACCGGAACAUCGUCCAAGGCGAUCAGUACAACGUCAACGUUCAGAAGGACACUCUGCAGUUACAGGUGCCCCAGCAGCCUGGCGGUGUGACCAUCAUACAGCCGGUACGCGCAGCCGCCGCAAUGCCGGACCGAACCCAAGCGUCAAUCCAAGCAAGUUCUCGAGACAUCCGGAGCAAUCUGGUCGUCAGGAACAACCUAGUGUCGCUGACCGAUGAUGACAAGCAUGCCAUGUCUAAGUCCAUGGCUGAGAGACAGACCAUAGAAGCCAUCAAACUAGAGAGUAACCUCCGGGAGGGAGAGAUCAAAGAAAUCAAUGCUGUAGUACAGAGCUUUGAAGCCAAGAAGGAGUCAACGUUGAAAGAGAAACAAGCUGAUCUGAAGAAGAAACUCGCCAAGGCAGAAUCUGAUGACGAGAAAGCCAAGAUCAUGCAAGAAUUUGUUGACAAUGCUGCUAGAGUGUCACAAGAGAUUGAGACUAGCAAGCAAGCCCAGCUCAAAUCACUUCAGAAGAAGCUCGCCGCAAAACGGAACAUGGCUAAGAAAAAUCUGCACACUCAACACAUUGACGAAGCAAAACAAGAGGGUCUGGGUGAAGACGUGGUACCAGACAUCCUAUUUCAGGAUGAGGAUGAGGUGAAUAAGGAGAUGCAGCUACUCAUGUUGAUGCAGCAGCAGCUGAUGGCUGACUUACAGAAGGGUUACGCUGAGGCAGAUGAAGAGUUUAUGGCUAAAAAGAGGAACGGUCUCGACGCCGAGAUGGAAGAGAAGAUGAGAUUGUUGAAUCUGGCCAAUAGAGGGCCUAAGAUAACGGCUGUAGUUGACGCCAUCCAUCAGACGACGAGAGACACCAACCGAGGAAACAGCAACCUGAAGAAUAAGAUGAAAGACCGCUUGAAUAAACGCCGUAAUUCCAGGAAGUCAAUCACACCGGACGGAAUCGAACCCGGGACGGACGAGGAAAAGCAAUUUGUCCAAACUGCGGAGUCUCAGAUGGUUGCAGACCACGAGCGCAGCAUCCAAGCUGCGAUGGAAAUUGCAAACACCCUCGCCAACGAUAAACAAAAAGAGGAGCACGAGGAGGCAAUCAAGGAGUUGCUGGCUGAAGAAGAAGAGAAAACGGAAUCAGAGAAGAACGCUAUCCUGGAGCAGUAUCUAAGGGAGGUAGAAGGUGCUCAAGAGAAACUCAAAUCAUCUCGGGAUGAGCAGAAGGAGCAUCUCCUUGCCAAGCUGGCUGCCAGGAAGAGGCUCAAGGAGGAGGUGAUGGCGGAGAAUGCUGUUGCCAAGGAGCUGGAUCAUAUCACUAAGAAACAGGUAUUAAAGGGAACAGAUGAGGGCGCUCUUGCUAUCGACACAGUCAACAACAACGUGACAGCAGAUGAGUCGCUCGAACAGAGAGAAAAACUUCUGUCUGAACAAGAAGAUCGUCAAGCUAGGUUGGACCUCGCGCAGCAGGCAGAGACGAGCAAGAUAAACAAGCAGCUAGACUCUGAGAUGACCUCGGCCACCUCGUCCAUCGAGGAGCAGCUGGAGGAUCAGAAGAAACAACUCUUGAGGAGGGAGGAGAGAGAGUUUGAGAAGGAGAUGCAGGUCAAGAGGAAACAACUCUCAGAGGAUCAGUCCAAGGAACUUAUGGAUGAACACACGAAGAAUAUGGACAAACUUUCUCAGAGCAUGGACGUAGAGAAAGACCGACAGAAGGCCACCUUGGCGGAGAGGAUCGCAGAGAAACGCAAACAGCACCAAGAGCGCGUCAAACAGAAACACAACGUUGAGAUGACGCAGGAGAUGCUUGCCCAGAAGGUGGAGAGAGACGAGCUGAGCAACAAGCAGUUGAAGGGAGCUGAGAGACCAGCCCUCGUCCAGUCGUUGGAAGGAGAGGAAGUUGGGAAAGCUGAAAACAUCAUCUAUCGAGUGCUCCGACAGAGACACAUGAAAGAACAAGUGCAACAGGAGGAGCUAAUGGAUCGUGAGAAGGAAGCCGCUAUCAUCCAGGCUCAAGCCAAGAUGGCCGAGCUCUGCCAGAAUGACCGAGACUCCCUUAUGGAGGCUCAACAGAAGGAGUUCUUGGAACUCAUCGCCAACUCCGGCUCGCUGUCGGCCGCUAACUUAGCGGAGAAGAAGGAGAAGCUUCAACAGCAACACCAGAAACAACUGGCCGAAUUCGACAAGAUCAAAGACCAGAGGAUGGAACAAGCCAGCAAGGACUGCCUCCCUGGCAUCGAGGUCAAACAAGCACACGCCAGACUGGCAAUGAGAGAGCGUCAACUCAAGGAACUCGCUGAGGCCAUGAGGGACCUGUCUCCUGAGGAGGCUCUCGUUCAUCAAUACACCGAGGCCGCCGACAAGGCUGCCCUCGACGCCCAGAGGUUCAGAGAGAGCAAGAUGAGUCAGAUGACGUCCGAGAUCGAACGCAUCAAAGCCGAGAAACGGAAACGAGAUGACGAGAGGAGGCGUAAGAUGGCACAAGAACUAGAUGCUUUGGAGUCAGAGCUGGAGAUUGAUCGAGUCCGAGACGAGCAAAGGCAGCAAGAGCGUGACGGGCAACGCAUGAAGACGAUCGAGGAGCAGAAACAAGAGAAAGAACGACGUCUUGAGCAAGAGAUGAAACAGCUUGAUGGAAAUAAAGAUGCUCAGGAGAAACUUCUUGCUGAACACAGGGAGAACAUGAAGCGGUUUGAGGACGCUCAAGUCCAGGAACAGCAGAGGAACAAGGAGAAGACGAAGGCUCGACUAGACGCGAGACGCAAGAAGAAAGAAGACCUAGAGAAGGAGAGGAUCAAGGCGGAUAUCAACACCCAGGCUGAGGUGGAUGAUCGUAGGACACAAGACCAUCUUAAUAACGUCCAGAGGCAGGGUGCUUCUGAUCUGAACCAGACGAUUAACUCCACCACAGCGCCGGAUGCUCCCGGUGACUGGGCCCAACGUGAGCAGGACGCAGUAGAUAAAUCCAAGCUACCACCAGGAAUGGAUGAGUCCAUCUUCAAUGCUCUCCUUGCUUCACCGCUCUAUAAGGAUCUCCAAGAUAUUGAGGAGAUUGUUAAUAGUACGGAUGCGCUCAAGCGACCAGGGGUCAAAGGAGCUGUAUCUGAUGCCUUCAUCGACAUCAAGGAUGCCCAGUGGCUCCUAGCUCAUGACAUAAUCCCCCUAGACAUCAACAGCAUCACCCCGAGCCAGUUCGUCAUCUAUCGCUUCGGUGUCUUCAUCGUUCGUCUCCUGAAGGAGACCAUCGGCACGCCCAACGUCACCCUCCUACUCGCCUCCAGCCUACCGCAGAACGACUACGACCGCAACAUGUACCGACGCUCGUUCUUCUACCAGCGGGCGAUGAAUAUCUUGUUCAUUCGUCGUGAGAGGUUGGAGUCCGUGGGAGAGUUUGUGAUGCUCAUCAUGCACUGCUUGGCUCAUAUUAAGACUGGGGAGUUGAAGGAUGAUGCUGAUCCUCUGUUCUUAAGAGCAUUCUAUAAGGCCAUGAAGGUUAUCUGCCAGGACAUGUUCUUCGCUCGUUCUCGCUCAUCACCCCUUUCCGUCGCUCUGAUCGGUAGCACGCCCUCUAGUGGCAAGACUGCACUUGAGCAUGCCUUCAAGUACAGUAAGACUGACAUGGACAAGACGGGUGUGGUCGGUGAGCUGGUUAACGUGAAGGUGAAGGUACCAGUCGAGCAGGACUUCAACGAAGAGACUAUCAAAGAACGUCUGGAGAACGCCCAGGACAAGCAUGACAACUCUCGCUUGCGUGACUUUCUGCAGAGCCGUGGGGGCGCUAUAACCACCAAGGACUUUGUUGCAUCUCGCUUGAGAGAGCUGAGAGGAAUGACAACCGCCGAAGAGAAACCAACCAAUCCUGCCCCUCGUGCCCCGAAGCCGAUACUGUCCGGUCAGGUUGACUUCCUUACCGCCCAGAUCCGUGCCAGGGAGGGGCAGCUGGACAACCUGAAUGCUCAGCUUGGUCAGGCUCUAGCAGAGAAGCAAACCAUCCAAGAAGGUCUGGCCCAGCCAGACGAAAGCGUCGGUGAGGGCGUUGAGGUCUUGAAGGGUCAGCUCAGAUCACUGGGGUUGAAGACGGAGAACUUGAUGAAGAAGAUCGCCCAAGUUGAGGAGGAAGUCGCUAAGAAACGAAAAGAUCGUCAGAAUAUCCAACAAAAUAAGAAGUAAAAAACAGAAGAGGAAAAUAAAAAAAUUAGAUCUUCAAGAAAUCCAAGUCUUCAAGAUCGUCAGACAGCCAGCAGAAUAAGAAAGAAUAAAAACAGAUGAAGAAAAGUGUUGAAAAUCAACGAUAAAAUGUAAUCAUUUAAACAGAGCAAGAAAUCAAAAUGAAACUAAUUGUACUCAGAUGAUGUCAAGAACAAAUCAACAAUGUUUGAACUAAAAUGUUUACAGAAGUGUGUUUUUAAGUAAAUCAGACAUUUAGAGAACAUAGAUUGUUGAUUUAAUAAAAUCUCUCGUUUGUGAAUAUUUUUGUUUUUAAUUUUAUGUAGUAUUUUUGUACACAGAAGUUUUUAAUGGAGAUUGUAGUAUUUAUGUAGAUGUAAUUCUUAAAAAAAAGAAUUCUUAAAAAUCUUUGAAAAGACUACGGACAUUUUGGUCUCUUAGGUUGACUUUGAAGACCUGUGUUGAAAGCAGAAAAGUAAGAUCCAGAAUCCGAAAGGGGCCAGGAAUUUCCACUCAAUAUAAGAAGUUAGUCUAAAUUUGAAUGUGUGCACUGUCAAUCAGUUUUUAUGUAUAUUUCUGUUACUUCCUAAAUUUCAAUUUUCACUUUAUUUCUUCAUUUGCAAAAACAUUGUUUUAUUAGAGCACUUCUGCACAUGUGAGAUAGUUAACUUAAGUUUCUCAGGACGUUUUGAUUAUUUCAAUUAGGUUUUUUCGAUUGAUUGUCAUUUGCAAUAUCCAUUGUCAAACAAUAGAAACAUGGGCUUGUGUCUGGGCACCCAAACAAUUCUCGGUGAGGGCGCUGUGUGCGAGGCGACAUUUUCAUCUAGAAACUGUCCAUCCAACAUAUCUUUUAAGGCAAUUUUGCUCAAUAUUCGUACUUUUAUUUUCCUACUUCAAUUCUGUCCAAUCAUUUUUCCGUCCUCGGUUAUUUUUUUUUUAACAUAAGCAUUUGUUUUUACCUUAAUGCACCAGAUAAAGUAGGCUUAUACUUCCAGUCAAAUUUAUCUAAUAAAUCUAUUUCAGUUUUAUCAAGUAAUAUUUCCGUCCUAAAAAUGUUUUGAUGAAUUUUAACAAAAAUUGGGUUUUCAUAAUAUUAUUAGCAAUUUGCUCAGUAUUCGAAAUUUGCUUUAAAAGUUCCUACUUCAAUUCCAUCCAAUCAUUUUUCCGUCCGCGGUUAUUAUUUUUUCGUAAACAAGAGUUUGUUUUUCAUAUUUGCCCCAGAUCAAGUAUUCUUCCAAUAAAGUUCCACCUAUAAAUAUAAUACUUUUUACUCCGUCCAUCGAAAUGUUAUUGUUAUUUUUUUUAAAUGAUAUUUUAGUAUAAUUACUGUGGAUAGCACCUGAGUGUACAUAAUAUAGAAGAAUAUUUGAUAAUAACUAAUAGUAUUUUGUAGUAUUUUAUGAUAUUUUGGUAUUUCCUUAGAUAACUUUAUCACGAUCACAAUUGAACAAAAGAAAUAUUCCCCAACAAAAAUGAUUGCAAUUGUUGAAGUCCUAUGCAAAAUGACAGAGUACUUAAACAAAAUAUAGGUCUGUACUAUUUCAUAAAACCAUGAACAAGUCAUCGAAUAUUCAAAAACUGAACAUUGUUUAAAAAUCUUGGAAUAUUUUAUCACGAAUUUAUGACUGUACUAUAAUGAAGAUUUUUAUGUAAAUUUCUGGUUCCAAUAUUAAAGUAUAACGUCUUUCAGAAUGAAAUAAAUCAGGAUGUUAAGGUGUAGAUAAUUAAUAAUUUCAAAAAUACGCAGUUUUUUGUUGUAACUUAUUUUUUGAAGAUACUCAUGUUUUGUAGUUUUAGUUGUUAGGAAUACUUCAGUGGAAUAGGUUUUUCAGUACUCAGAGAAUAAAACAUUUACAUUAAAAA